GCCCAGCCCAUCUCAUAUCCCUUUUCGACCGAUUCAAAUUCGACCGGACCCACCCAUGAAACUGGUCUAAUUCUGGGGUUCGGGGGAGCUAAAGAUUCAAUUUUUUUCUCGUUCGGGGUUCGACGCCUGCUGCGUUUGGAGCGAUUCAUCUCCUGCUUCUGGGGUAGCGGUGGAAUUGAAGGGAAAAAUAUGGCGGAACUAAGCAUGGGUGUACUCAUAGAUAUUGUGGAUGAGGAAUGGAUGAGGGACACUCUGCCUAAUGAUGAUCUUCCCUUGCCACCCGUGUUGCUUGUUCGAAAUGAAGAUGCUGAAGAUUCGAAUCAGGAGACUCAACAAGCUGAUGGAGAUUCUUGGCACGAUCUUGCUUUAAACACCCAGUGAAGAAUAGUGAGAGGCAUGUUGAUCCUUGGAACUUGGUUUAGAUAUUUGAAGAAACGCUACGAAGAAACAGAGGGCUGCAAUGCGUUACGACGAUUUCGAAGCUCAUAGGCGUGCUACAGCGCAUAGCACCGGAUCUACAACAUUACGGUAUUGCGCUUUAAAAUCCGAAGUAGUUCUUUAAUAAUUUUCAGGGACUACCCACUGCAACGAAAAACAAAGGGCUAUGAUUCUAUCAUUCUAUUGCGGGGGAAUGCACUAAACUACCACUAAAUCCAAGCCCAUACAACGCGCCGUGAUGUAUUGUUGAAGCGCUACCAUGAAGCAUUGUAGUUCUUUGUAAUUCGUCGUAUUCUUUUGAUUUGUUUCGCAAUCUAUCCACAACAGUGCUAGAGCUUAUGUAACUCCGCGGAACCUCAGAAAGAACUGCCGCAACCGCAGCAUUUCUCCUCCC